AUGUACCGACGUCGGCCGGGUUUCUUACCCAGGAGCCCGUUUCAACCGCUCGCCAAUACUUUCAUCAAUAGUCGACGCUUUUUCGGAUCCAAAUUCCGCAUGUAUCAUUCUCGGAAUGGCUUGAGACCUGUUAGAGCGGGUAGUAUAUUGUGGCGGUACUUCAAUGCUCCGGGAAAUGUGGUGUUCGUUACGACGAAUGUAGUUACGCUGGUGGGAAUCGCUUCUUACUCUACAUUGCAAUCCAUGUCGCGGGAAAAAAUGAUGCAGGAAUAUCUUGAUGCAGGACGGAAGGAAAGUUGGGAUUUGGAAUCUUCCGCUGAGCCAUGUUUGUCUGGUUAUUCCAGUGGCCCAAUGCGUCGCUACGAGGCAGAUUGGAUAGAACUCGAAAAAAAUAGACCUCCGGUAAGUUGGCAAAUGCAACAUGCCAAAAUGUCUUUAUUCCACAUGCUUUACUCCUACUAUGUUUGUUUGGAGGCUAGCCAUGAGGGGUGCUAUGGUGGGGGCGAGCAAUGGGGGUCGGAAACGCGGCAACUGCGGCUUGGGCUAAUUGAAGAGGGGUUAUCCGGGUCUAACAACACUAAAAGUUGGUCCCCGCAGGAGUUUUAUGGUCUCUGGCGCCACGAAUUCCAGGAGAUGUACAUUACUUUGAGCCGAUCACAGCAGUUUCACAUGCCGAACUGGACGGAGUAUCCGGCGAUUCUUCAAAUAAUGUGUCAAAAUUUGUACGACAAUGAACUUCGAACAAUGUCUGACUUUGUGCGCUUCUACAACAGUGUGCACCCGAGUGGUGUGCAAGCUCUGCUUCGUGCUUGGCUCUACGACAACUUCCAACUUUUCAAGAACUCUCCGGAAGAGGACCUUGAGAUGUUUUAUAGAUCCUUGAUUCAAUCCUGCAUAGAUGAUAAAUUGGGGCUUGCGCGCUACACUUCAAUAGUAACGAAUGCAGACAAUCCACGGCGCAGGGUCUUCUUCAAUCGCUGUGGUGAUGAUCUCGCGUCGGUGUCUUUGGAAACGAUUGUGGAUGUGCUAAAAGGUAACCUACAUGUUGUCGAAAAUACAAAAAGUAACGACUCAAUUAUGCGACUAGUCUCACUUAUUAAAAACAAUUGCAUCGCCACUAGAAGCUCUUCUGGAGGUCGCGAAGUCCGGAUUAUACUACCACAAGCGGGCGAACAAGGUAUUUUUUUCAAAGGUCCUUCCGGAAUAUCGCAAGACAAAACUGAAUGUUACAGGCUUGUAAGCCAAAAUCCGGAGAUCAUAAAAGUUUUGGGGGCCAUAGCCAAGUUGCCGACGUGA